AGCGCUCCAGCAGCCGUUGACCUUCCGUCCUCUUCUCGCCCUGGUGGAAACAUGGCCCUGAGCCGCCUGCAGAAGGCUCAGAUAUGGUUCUUCAAAGCCUUCGUGGGUUUUCUCUUCAAGCUUUUUCAGCUCUUCUCUCGGAGACCGGCUGCUACCAAGAGGCUGCCGCCCGUCAGCAACCCGCUGCUGCUGCUGUCAGCGACGCAGCUCGCGAAGAAGAUCCGGCGCAAAGAGGUUUCCAGUGUGGAGGUGGUGCAGGCCUACAUAGACCGGAUCCAAGAGGUUAACCCCUUCCUGAAUGCUGUUGUGAAAGACAGGUUUGCCGCUGCCCUCCAGGAAGCUGCUCAGGUGGAUAAGCUGAUUGAGGAGGAGACUGGAGGAGAGGAGGUGCUGGAGGACCGGCUGCCUUUACUGGGUGUCCCCCUGUCUGUCAAAGAGUCCUUCUCCCUCCAGGGCAUGCCCCACACCGCUGGUCUGGUCUCCAGGAGACGAAUCAUAGCUUCCGUCGAUGCACCACUUGUGGUCCUCCUAAAGAGAGCGGGUGCCAUCCCACUGGGGGUGACCAACACCAGCGAGCUGUGCAUGUGGUUCGAGUCCCACAACCAUCUCUACGGGAUUACCAAGAACCCAUACGACCUGGAGAGGAUACCAGGAGGAAGCUCAGGAGGGGAGGGCAGCAUACUUGGAGGAGCAGGAGCUGUGAUUGGCGUGGGCUCAGACAUCGGCGGCAGCAUCCGGAUACCAUGUUUCUUCAACGGGAUAUUUGGCCACAAAACCACUCCAGGUGUCGUGUCCUGUGAGAACCAGUACCCUCCCAUCUCUGGGAGACAGCACGAGUUCCUCAGCUCAGGCCCAAUGUGCCGCUAUGCUGAAGACCUGCUGCCCAUGCUCCAGAUAAUGGCAGGACCCAAUGUUCACAAGUUGUCUUUAAACACGGAGGUGGACCUGAAGAAGCUGAGGUUUUUCUCCAUCCCUCAUGACGGCGGCUCUAUGUACUCAAACCCUGUCAGCAAAGAGCUCUUGGAUAUUCAGAAGAAGGUGGUGGAGCAUCUGGAGGCAGAUCUGGGAGUGAAAGUCCAACAGUUGCAUUUACCUGAGCUCCGCUACAGCACUGAGAUCUGGGACACGUUCAUGGUUCUUCCUGACAAGGAUGGAAAACCUCCUGUGGCCUUCACUGAGCUGAUGGGGGAACCUGGUCGACCAAAGUGGCCGUUCUGGGAGCUGCUGAAAUGGAUGAUGGGAAAAUCGGACCAUACGAUGGCCGCCAUCACCGUGGGCCUCAUGGAAAAGACGCGCUUGUCUAAAUCAACAUCCUUGGCCAUCCAGCAAAAAGAAAAGCUGCAGGAGGAGCUCGACAAGCUGCUCGCACAUGACGGUGUUUUACUUUACCCCUCACACCCCAGAGUGGCACCCAAACACCACAACCCGCUCUUCAGACCUUUUGACUUCGCCUACACCGGUAUCAUGAACAUCCUGGGGCUACCGGUGACCCAGUGUCCUCUGGGUCUGGGUGAGGAGGGCCUGCCUCUGGGGGUGCAGGUCGUCUCUGGAAAGCUGCAGGACCAUCUGACCCUCGCUGUGGCUUGCUACUUGGAGAAGACGUUUGGAGGAUGGAGGGACCCUGGAGCAAAAUAAUAUCAAUCACAGAGGAUCUGCAUUCCUGUCAGAGCAAUGAAUGUUCAAGUGGAGCAAAUUUUUGCGCCAAUAGGAAUCUUUCAUUUCAUAUUUCAUCAGAUAAGGAAAAGUGGAAAGUGUCACUUUAGCACAAGAUUUGUGAAUUUUUGCACUCAGAUUACAGCUCAGGCUGAGCAUUUGUUUCCACCUGGGUUUUUUAUUCAUUUAACCAUCAAAAAUAUAUAUAUUCUGCUCAGAUUACAGUCGAAUCAUUUAGAUAUCAAAUGUGAGCAGCACACAUUUACUUACAAUAACUGACCAGAACGCUUAAAAAGAUUAAAUUAAGACAUCCACCGAGCCAAAAACAGGACAGCUGUGGCUGAAAGCGAGGAUAAAAAUGAUCAUGAAUGUUUUAUAACCGGUUUGAUGUUGAAACUCAUUUUAGUUAAUAAAAAGUGGACUCACUGA